ACCCACAAUCUCCCCAUUGUUCACUGGCUUUAUUGUUAUUCUGACCUCCCAGCUGCUCAGCCAUGGCGCCCAAGAAAGCCAAGAAGAGGACGGCAGAGGGAGCCAACUCCAAUGUAUUCUCCAUGUUCGAGCAGGCCCAGAUCCAGGAAUUCAAAGAGGCCUUCACCAUCAUGGACCAGAACAGAGACGGGUUCAUCGACAAGAACGAUCUGAGAGACACGUUCGCUGCUCUAGGACGCCUCAAUGUGAAACAGGAGGAGAUCGAUGAGAUGCUCAAAGAGGCUCCGGGCCCGAUCAACUUCACCGUUUUCCUCACCAUGUUCGGCGAGAAGCUUAAAGGCGCUGAUCCGGAGGAGACCAUCCUCAAUGCCUUUAAAGUCUUCGACCCAGAGGGCAAAGGCGUCCUGAGGAAGGACUACGUGACACAGAUGCUAACGACGCAAGCCGACCGGUUCAGCGCCGAGGAGAUGGAGCAGAUGUUCGCCGCCUUCCCCCCAGAUGUGACGGGGAACCUGGACUACAAGAACCUGGUGCACAUCAUCACCCACGGAGAGGAGAAGGACCAGGAGUAGGAGCCGAGCCGCUGCGGGUGAAGGAGACGCGCACUGGUGUUUAUUUACUCAACGUCUACGUUGGCUGCGUUGUUUCUGCACUCACUCAUCAGCACAAGCGCAUCAGGACAAAACAAUAAGGCUCCCAAUGUUCCACCAGUCCCCUGAGACAGAGUCAUUCUUCUUUCUUUCAUCUUUUCAUUUCUUAGAAUGUAGCAUUUGUUCAGCUAAUAAAAGUUUUCACAGACCUUU